AUGGAAGUAGCUUUGAGAAACAUAGGUUUUGAUGCUCCGAUGUUAGUAGCUCUUCACGACAUGCUGGACUUCGUCGACGAUGCUGAGAAGCCUCACCAUCCUUCAAGGGCGUAUAUUUGGCACCUCCUUAUGAUGCAUAAAAUCAAUUUAAUUACCAUGAAGAAGUUUGUGCUGCCUGAGAAAGCGAAUUUGGAUAAAAUUUGUGCUGUUUGUCAAGAUGGGGUGCUGACAGUGACCAUGGAGAAGAAACCGCAGCCGGAACCGAAGGUGAUUGAGGUGAAAUGGGCGGCGCACGGUGGUGGGGGAGAAGGGAGUCAUGAGGUUAAAACUUCACAUGGAACAGAUGAGAGUCAUGGUGAUCGGGUCCAACAACAAGAAGCAUGA